UUUAAUAUUCAUUUUAGGAAACGUUUAAUAAUUUGUAAUACUCAUUAAAAAUUUUAGUGAUUAGUUUUAGUGAUUAGUAAUAAUGUUUACUAUUUUUUAAAUAAUCCAUAAAACUAACUUUAUAAUUAUACAAACUUUCUACUUCGUAUUUCUCCACAUUUUUCUAAAAUGCCUAAAAUUGCGUAUCACCAACUUCCAGUAAUUGAGCAGUUUCAAAGUGAAAGUGAAAGUGGUUCAUCUUUACAAAACCUCAAAGUGAAAGCGAAUAAGUGGUGUUACUUUCUCUCGUGUAAAAUUAACGUGCGAUUAACCCUGAUAAUUUGUUUCUCCUUCGUGCUCGCCUAUUUCGUCGUGCUCGUCGUGUUUUCGAAGGAUUAUCGAAUCCUAAACGGGACUCGGAGACGGUGGCAACUUGUCCGAAAUCAAGUCAGGCACUCGUUUGGGUGGGGCGGCCCGGUGAAAUAUUUUGGAAAUAGUAGGAAUCUCAGCAGUAAUCAAAAUGUGGACGACUGGAAAUUGGUGCCUGGUGGUGGGAGUGGUGACCAGUAUUUCGUAUAUUCAGCAUACAUCGAUAAAGACGGGAAUAAUCGCAGCAUUCUCAGAAUUAUAGCAAUUGCACCGUCGUAUUCCACGCAUAAAUUUGAAUGCUAUCUAAAAGACGAGGAUGAAAAUACUUACGCCAUUGUUCCAGGUCACGUUGAGACCGGAAAGACGUAUAUCGAUACGGAAUACAGUGCCGCCUUCAUAAUUUGUUCCCUCUACUUGACCAUAUCUUCCCUACCAGAGCCAAAAUACGUGACGCUUUCACCCGGUGAAAGUUCUCAACAAGAAGACGACCAAGAACCGCCCACGUUGCGAAUAUAUCAAAAUCUUAACCGUAUCAAACAUCAAUUUGGUGUUUGCGUCCAACCAAUUUUUUCAUACGAUGACACCCCACGUUUUGUGCAGUGGAUGGAAUACAACAUUUUGAUGGGGGCGACGCACUUCACAUUUUACAAUAUUUCGAUUGGACCGAGUGUUUCGUGCGUUUUAGAAGAGUACAAAAAUUCGGAUAAUGGAAUCCAGGUCGAAGUCUUGCCCUGGUCGUCCCCCAUCCAGGAUGACGACCUGCUCCACAACAAUGACCAGUACGGCCAAGCGAGCGAAUGCGUUUUUCGAUCCCGGGGAAAAAUCGAGCAUCUCUUAAUGAUCGAUUUGGACGAGUAUAUCGUUCCAAGUUUUCCGGAUCGGGUGCAAAAUUAUGGGGAACUUUACAUCGAAAUUAGUGCCCAGGCAAAGCUAGGGUUGCCCGAGGGCAAGGACGCCGUCCAGUUUGGAUUUGCCAACGGAAUUUUCGAUCUCGACUGUGAUAACGGAACUGAAAAAGGAGAAAAAAAUGAAAAUGAGGGGAUUAUGUCGGUACAAGAUUUAAUCAUUUAUCGAAGAAUUACGAGGCCAAAGGCGGUCGAUUAUGGGCAGAUGAAAUUUAUAACCACGCCGAACCUCGUGAUUGAGCCAGGAAUUCACAACUUGGCAAAUUCUGUGGAUGAGAAAUAUGUCGAGUUUCAAGUCAAACCUGACCUCGCGUAUUUGCAUCAUUACAAAGGAAAUGGAGCCAAUAAUGACAAGUGUCAGAAUCCGGACGGAGUUGAUCAAAGUGGGCAAUUUUAUGCGGAUAAAUUACUUCCCUUGGUUAAUAGCAGGAUGCAAUAUGUUCAGAAAUAUUGCAAGUUUAAGAACAAUUAGGACAAAUUGUUAAAUUUAAAAAAAUAAGAUAA